AUGGAUAACGUUCUGCCGCCGGAAGCAACUCUGGAGCACGAGGGGCAGCUCAACACCUCCCUGAACGAGUCCUUCAUCAACCAGUUCGUGCAGCCCCCGUGGCAGGUUGCCCUUUGGGCUGCUGCCUAUGCCCUCAUCGUGGUGGUGUCCGUGGUGGGGAACGUGGUGGUGAUGUGGAUCAUCCUGGCUCACAAGAGGAUGCGCACGGUCACCAACUACUUCUUGGUGAACUUGGCCUUUGCUGAAGCCUCCAUGUCUGCCUUCAACACCGUGGUGAACUUCACCUACGCCAUCCACAACGAGUGGUACUAUGGGCUGCUCUACUGCAAGUUCCACAACUUCUUUCCCAUCGCUGCUGUCUUUGCCAGCAUCUAUUCCAUGACAGCCAUCGCCCUGGACAGGUACAUGGCUAUCAUCCACCCGCUGCGGCCGCGGCUCUCGGCCACUGCCACCAAGGCAGUGAUGGAAAAGCUUCCAGGCCGCUUGGUGUGUCUGGUGGACUGGCCAGAGCACAGCACCGAUGUGUACGGCAAAACGUAUCACUUCUGCAUGACCAUCCUGAUCUACUUCUUACCACUUCUGGUGAUAGGAUGUGCCUACACCGUGGUUGGGGUCACCCUCUGGGCAAGUGAGAUACCUGGUGACUCCUCCGACCGCUACCACGAGCAGGUGUCAGCUAAGAGAAAGGUAGUGAAGAUGAUGAUCAUCGUGGUGUGCACGUUCGCGCUGUGCUGGUUGCCCUAUCACAUCUACUUCACCCUGCAGUACUUCAACCCUGAGUGGUACCUGCAGAGGUUCAUCCAGCAGAUCUACCUGGCUAUCAUGUGGUUGGCCAUGAGCUCCACCAUGUACAACCCCAUCAUCUACUGCUGCCUCAACGACAGGUUUCGCGUGGGGUUCAAACACGCGUUCCGGUGGUGUCCGUUCAUCAGCGCCAGAGAGUACGAGGGCCUGGAGAUGAAGUCAGCCAGGUACCUACAGACACAGAGCAGCAUGUACAAGGUCAGCAGGAUCGAGACCACCGUGUCCUCAGCAGUGGGUGCAGCUGAAGAGGAGCUGGAGGAGAGCAGCAAGGCCAAGCGUCUCUCCAUAGACAUGACCUCCAACGGCUCCUCCCGCAGCGACUCCAAAACCGUCUCCGAAAGCCUCAGCUUCUACUCCAACACGCUCACCUAA